CGCAGCAACAAUGUUUAACUACAUCAUUAAGAUAGCUUUGAGUAAGACAGAUAAGCCGUUGUCUAACAGUGGAAGGAAAGUAUACGUAUCGUAUCUACCGAAUAUAUAGGAUGCUGGUUUGUUAUCGAAAUUCAGUUCAAAAUUAUCGUCCGACUGUGAUAAAAGAUCUCAAGUUUGAUGUAUUAUUAUAGUUAAAAUUAGCAUUACAAAUGAGAGGUCACUACUAUACAAACUAUGAAGAAUACCCUUUCCAAGCCGGUCACUACCAGAAAAGCACAAAACAACCCCUAAGGGGCCCGCUAAGGGUCGCUCGAUUAUGCAUACUGGGUGUGUUGCUGCCGUCUUUGCUGAUAAGCAUCCCGGUUUAUCUGAGGCUUCGGGUGUAUGGACACCAGCUGUAUCCGCUUGCCGCAUCAGAUAUGAGGAUGCUGGAUAACAAGAUAUCUACCACAUGGUGUCAGCGACAACGAGUACACGCAAACACAACGUUCAAUGCGUUUCUUCUUUCAAGCACACCAAAGCUGGCGCCAGAAAAGAAAAUCCUGUCAAUGGUGAGAGAAUUAGUCUUAGCUGAUGAUACCAAAGAGUAUUGGGGCUUUUACUUACUGAAAGGAACCUCUGUUACAGUUUCAACGUGCGUUAGGUGGCCUGGUGCAUCCCUGAUAGUGAUCAGAGGCCACAAACACCUGCACGAAUGCGCCUACAUCGGAGACAACUCUUCCGAAGAACUCAUUGAAAUGAUGGAGGCGAUCAAAGAAGGAUCUUACGUAGAGGAAUCUAACAGAACAGUGUCGGACAUCACCGACGAAGACCAAGCCCCUGCAAAUCAGCCGGUGAAGAUGAAAAGGCAUCGGGCUGAUGUCGAGUUUCACAGUCCGCUGCAUCACCAUAGCACCACUAACCAGACCUUGGUCGAAGACGCUGAUAACUCGGAGAUAACCGACGCGAAGCAUAUGAGGAAGAUCUUGGAUGAGCUGCAACAAAGAGUUAAAUCGUCCAAAAAGAAGUUGGUAAAUGAACCUCAUCACCACAGAGAGGAAACCAUCGCUGUUGGUGAACACAACAACCUCAAAAUCGAAAAACCGCAAAAUCAAACAUCCUCCCAAUCGAAAGAAAUGGUCAGUGAGAUAUUGAGGAAGUUGCGGGUCAUCGGCGCGAAAGGAGAAGCAAUUUUGGAAAAAAUAAAUGAAGAGUUUGCCGAUCAGCAACAACGCGAUGCUAUAGGAACUCAUGGAAGGCAUUACUCCAAGCCAGAGGUGGAGUUUGGUGAAGAUAUUGAUAGGGCCAGGAGGAGGAAAAGAGAGAUAAUGUUGUCCAAACUGGGGGACUUCAACAUGGAUGACAGGGAAAAUGAUAGAGGAAUGGAAGAGGGUCUCCAUCCCGACGGGAUAGCAGAUCAUCGAGGCACAAUCAACGAAACGACCUUGAACGACAUGAGCAACAGCGAAUUUUGGUCUUCGUUCUCCAGUUCGGAAGAAGCACUGUUGAACUGUGCAGGGCUCAUUCUGAAUCUUCCUCUCACGCCUCACACCGCGUGUCAUCCCAGCCUGAAUAUGGAGGAGAGUUACAAAGAUAACACUAUCACCUACAGAGUACCCUCGAACGGAUACUACUUCUUCGUCUUCAACAGCGAGAACGAAGUCCAACAAAACUUCAUCCGCGUGCAUUUCAACAUAGAAAAAACCGUGUACGACGUUUCGGAUCAUAUCUCAGCCUGCAUCAAUACCUCUGAAGCAUGUUCGCUGGACCUCGAUUUCUUCUCGUCUCAAAAAUUGGUGUUGGAACUUCCGCUUCCCGAAAACAACACUGUGUGGAACGAAGAAUACGUCAUAGUAUCCGAGUGCGAACCUAGGACUGCCAUCUACAUGUUGUGUGCUGUUACGGUGUUGAUUAUGGUUGUUAUGUUUGCAUUUACCUGACGAUAUCAAAUAAAAUGUGAUAAAAUAUACUAAGUGACAUAUAAAUCCGAACACCCAGUUUAAAUGGUUUUAUUUUAAUAAAAGUUGGUGAAUGUAUUUAUCUUACUGUAAAUAACAAGUGAAAAAAUUUUCAGCCUCAUCAGUUGGACAUUCCGGUUUUUAUACUGCUUUUUUUUAAUUCACUAACGCUCUAAAAAUGAAUAUUUCAGCCGCAGUAAAGAAUCAACGUUGGCGGAUUUUGGUCCUUGACAUUCUUUACGAUCGGUUACGAUGCCUAGAGUACGGAGACCUGUACGAUAUCGUCAACUGAGUGAGUUUGAUAGGGGCCGUAUAGUGGGACUUCGGGAAGCUGGACUUUCUUUUCGGGCAAUUGCAGUUAGAGUGCAAAGAAGUGUAGACACUGUGGUUAGGUGUUAUCAGGCAUGGCUUCGAGAAGGCCGUACGCAAAGAGCAAGGGGCACUGGACGCCGCCGUAGAACAACAGACCGUGAAGAUCGCCGCCUAAGAUUAUUGGCCUUAAGGGACCGUUUCUCCACUACCAGGUCCAUUGCAAAUGAAUGGUUUGCAGAACACGGAAGACCUAUUGGCAUGCGAAGUGUUUACCGACGAAUGAGAAGUUUUGGCUUGUUUUCAUACCGGCCACACUGGGUCCUCCCUUUAACUCGAGAACACCGACGUAAUCGCCUUAAGUGGUGCAGACAACGGUCACUCUGGGAUCAGGAAUGGAACAGUAUUGUCUUUAAUGACGAGUCUCGAUUUUGUUUAGGCAUGCACGAUGGUCGUGCCAGGGUUAGAAGGCGACGUGGUGAAAGGAGGAAUCCACAGUUUUUUGUUGAAAGACAUGUUCAUCACACUGUUGGAGUUAUGGUUUGGGGUGCUAUAGCUUAUGGUUCCAGGUCACCUUUAAUCUUCAUCAGAGGUAACAUGAACGCGCAGCGUUAUAUCCACGAAGUUCUAGAACACCAUCUUUUACCCUAUCUUGACACCCUGGCAGAUCCAACUUUCCAACAAGAUAAUGCCCGACCACAUGUUGCAAGAGUCACAAUAGACUUCUUUCAACAUAAUGAUGUCACAUUGUUACCAUGGCCACCAAGAUCUCCCGACUUAUCCCCAAUUGAGCACGUGUGGGAUAUGAUGGGUAGGAGACUGCUCAAUUUGCAACAUCCUCCUCAGACUCUAGAAGCACUUCGAGAGGAGUUGGUGGUUGCCUGGAAUGAGACACCACAGGAGGACAUUGACCACCUGAUCAGAAGCAUGCCUAGGCGCGUUGGAGAAUGCGUAGCACAUCAGGGUGCAUCCACACAUUAUUCAAGGUCAAAGGGCUUUAAAGUAGUGCAAUCAUUUUGAAAUUUUUAUCAU